AUGUUUAAUUCAUGGCGCAGGAAGGCGAAGCACCUUCCUCCUGGGCCACCAGGUCUGCCAUUCUUAGGCAACCUGCUGCAAAUUCCCAGCACGAAACAAUAUGUUACCUUCCAGAACCUCGGCAAUAUAUACGGUGACAUCACGACAAUUCGCAUGCUAGGAAGCAAUUUUAUCAUUCUUAAUUCGCGCAAAGCUAUAUUCGACCUCUUUGACAGUAGAUCGCCUAUCUACUCCGACCGGCCUCGCGUGAUUAUGAGCUCGGAUUUGAUCGGCUGGGAUGGCUCGGUUAUAUUGGCUAACAACACCCCUCACUUCCGCAACUGCAGGAAACUCAUGCGCAAAGGUCUUGGUCCAAGCGCCGCGCAGAGCUUCGUACCCUUUUUGAACCGCCAGAGCUCACUCUACCUACGAGAUCUGUUGAAUAGACCAGAAGCAUUCCCUGAUGUCUUCAAGCGGAACGCAGCGGCCAUCUCGAUGAAGGUUGCGUAUGGCUAUGAUGGCAUCACGGAGGACGAGGAUAUGUAUCAGCUUUCGCACGAAGCUAACCGUUACUUUGAGGAGACAGCUGUAGUUGGGGUGUGGCUUGUGGACAUCCUUCCGAUCCUAAGAUAUGUCCCUCAGUGGUUCCCACUUGCGUCCUUCCAGCGAUAUGCGGCACGCGCAAAACCCGUCGUCCUUGAGUGCAUUAAUAAGCCUUUUGAAGAGACGAAACGGCAUAUGCAGGCACAGGGACAUUUGGAUAUGGAAAACUGCAUUAAGUACUCGAGCGUGGGUAUAUCCCUGGGUCAGCUGGAUACGACGACAGCUUCGCUCUCGUGGUUUUUUAUGGCAAUGGCUUUGCAUCCAGAGGUUCAAGCUAAGGCGCAAGCUGAGAUCGAUAAAGUCAUUGGCAAUGAGCGACUCCCGCGAGUCGAGGACAAGGAAUCGCUGCCGUAUGUCUCGGCCAUCAUGCAAGAAGUGUUUAGAUGGCAGCCACCUGUCAAAAUGGUGGUACAUUCCGCGAGCAAGGACGACGAGUACCAAGGCUACUUCAUUCCAGCCAAGACGCCGCUGAUAGGCAAUAUCUGGCGAGUGGCUAUUCUGCACGACGAGAACGUUUAUCACGACGCCGACAAAUUUAUCCCGGAGCGGUUCAUGGAGGAAGGAGCACCUGACUGCCUUACUGACGUCUUUGGCUUUGGUCGACGCAUCUGUCCGGGGAUGCUCAUUGCACAGCCGCAUAUGUUCGUGUCGAUAGCAGUAACACUGGCAACGAUUAACAUCACGAAAGCGCAUGACGCACAAGGAAACGUCAUUGAGCCCAAAGUCGAGGACACCCCCGGAGUCGUCAGCUUUCCCGUACCGUUCAAGGCUUCUCUGCAACCUCGCUCUAAAGCGGCUUUAGAUUUGAUCCAACGUUCCGUUGAGCACUCCAAGACUUUACCGGAGAGGUUAGACGUCUUUAGUCUGGAUGCAUAG